AUGACUACCUUUGAAAGGAAUCCCUUUGCUGAAGGACGGUUUCGCUCAGCUUAUAAAGGAACUUGGACAACUCCAGAUAAGUAUGGACGGCAAUGCGUUAUUAAAAGGAUGAGGUCAGGAGCAGUGUUCACUCCAACAGCUUGGGAUUGUACAUUGAAGAUUUAUGACAGAGCUAGAACACUAGCACAACAGUUCAAUAGGGGAAAAUAUUCAAAUUUUCCAGUACGCUUUACUGACACAUUCACACAUACAGUGGUUGACUCAUUUCCACUUGAGUAUGUUGUAGUUGAGGAUUUCUUACAGGGGAAUUUCUUAAAGUGGUGUAAUAACUAUGGCUUUAUUUCACCUAAAGCUAAAUCUGAGCACAUAACAAUGCCAGCAUUAGUUCACUGGAGCUGGCUGUAUACAAGAGGACAGGAAAUGCUAUGUGAUCUACAAGGAACUCGUGAUGAAAAUGGCUAUCAUUUGACUGACCCUGUAAUCCUCUCACUCAACCAGAGUUAUGGUGAGACAGAUAAUGGAAUAGAGGGUAUGUCAAUGUUUUUCAUGAACCACGAAUGCAAUGAUAUCUGUAAAGGAUGGGGGAGGCCUCAUUUGGAGUAUUUUAUAGGAAAGAUCCCAACAGAAACAUUAACAGCGUGUGAAUUUAUGCAGCACCAAGUCAAUAAUGCCACUUCGUACAGGUUUGAGAUGAAAUUCCCACCAGCCAUUAAAGAUAUUGUUACAAGAAUGUUUCUGGAAAUUGCUCAAGCUUAG